UUUAUUCUCAAAAAAGUUUUUAGGUUAGCCUACUGGCUUGGCAAAGCCUCCUGCAAUGAGGCCCUCUGUAAUAUUUUUCCAGUGAAGUAAGAUGCCGCGCUGCAAAAAGCCAUCAAAUCAUAAUGAGAGGUGUGAAACUGACAGUAGCCAUACUUCUGUCAGCAGGAAUGGCGAUUCGGCUUUGACGCUUGAACACUUGCGGACACACACCCAUCCAUACACUGCUCACUGCCACCCUUCAACCUCCGAACCAAUAGCUGGUUUGGCAGCAACCAGGAGACACACUUUCUGCUGCUUCCCCAAGCACACCCACAGCGCUCCCUCCUCCAGCUCCAGUAGCACGAGUCACUCUGUGGACCAUGAUUCAGACAGCUCCUCCUCCGACAGUGACUACAGAGGCUCCUGUAACAGGACAGCUCCCAUAUCUUAUUGGCUGGCGAGAGUUCUUCGGAAAUUCAUAGACUUUACUGUUGACCUUGGGAGAUCCCUGAGCUCCUUGUGGUUUCCCUUGCCACUAAAUGUUCUUCUACUCAGAGGGGACUAUCACCCUCACAGAAGAAAGGCUUUGACCGUUGCUGGUCUAACACUUUUGGGAUUAGGUUGUUGGUUCUGUGUCCCCAUCCUAUUUCAACAGCCAUCUGGAUCGGUGAAUACCGCAAGUGGCAUAAACCUGGCCAAGAUCCAGGAACAAGUGAUAGAUAUCCAAAAGCAGCUUACAGACAAAGAGGCCAGAUGGAAAGAAACCUUACUGAAGGAAAUGGGAAGUUUGCAGUUUAAGGUGGAACUGUCUAAAUGGCUGCAGGAGCACCUGUUCACAGGUUCUAAUCCAAGUGUAGUUCUCUGGCCUGAACUGCAGGUGGUGCUGGAGAGCAUGGAGAAGAGACUGGUCCAGAGCCUAGCAACCUCUCCGGAUGUUCACAAGACCGUGCAGGAAACACUCAAUCAAUACAGAGCUGAUGGAACUGGCAUGGCAGAUUAUGCCCUUAUAUAUUCAGGAGGCAAAGUGAUCAAAUCACAUUACAUAAAACCAUACUGUCCACAAUCACUUCAACUCCAAACAGAAGGACCUAGUGCUGUUAUACAGCCAGAGGUCUACCCAGGAAAGUGCUGGGCCUUCAGGGGGAGUUACAGUUCGGUCACCAUCACUCUUUCCCAUUCAGUGAGAAUUACACAUGUGACCAUGGAGCAUCUUCCCAAGUGUCUGUCUCCAACUGGCCAGAUUGAUAGCGCUCCGCAAGACUUUGCAAUAUAUGGAAUUGAUCACGUGGACCAGCAUCAAGAGGGAGUUUUUAUAGGAAAAUUUGCCUACAACAAAGAUGGGGACCCUAUCCAAACUUUUGCUUUAAAAGACCCUGUUCAGAAUUUCUAUCCUGUGGUGGAGCUGAGGAUCCUGACCAACUGGGGUAACCCAUCUUACACAUGUGUGUAUCGAUUCCGUGUGCAUGGCCAGCUCAAGAAUGUAUAGAAGCGUGGCCUCAAUACUUCAGUAGAGAGGGAGCAUUUUAAAAUCAGUAGGCCUUUAUUAACUUUUCAGUUCAUCACAAAUAUAUUGUAAAGU